CUGUCUGACUUUGUGGACGAAUUUUUCGACCAAAACCCUAUCAGCCAACUCGGACUGCUUGUUGCCAAGAACAAAAGGGCGGAAGUCCUAAGUGAUCUAACAGGAAACAUUCAGAAGCUUAAAGACGGGCUGAAUGCAGUGCGAGAGGCAGGCUGUGAUGGCGAAUUUUCUUUACAAAAUGCACUCAGGGUUGCUUUGCAGACGCUAAAGUAUCCGUCACACAGCAGUCGAGAAAUGCUGAUAAUUUGCUCUAGUUUAUCAACAUGUGACCCCGAUGAUAUCAUGAUUACUUUAAAGGAGCUAAAGAAACUGAAAAUCCGAUGUAGCUUCAUUUGUUUGGCAGAAGUUUACGUGUUUAAGCUGAUCUCGGAGGAAACUUCUGGAACCUACAGUGUUCUGUUAGACGAGGAACAUUUGAAAAACGUUCUUUGGACUCAUGCAAUACCUCCGGUUGUUCCGGUAAAGGAUUUGGAUUCGAACCUGAUACGAAUGGGUAAUUGCACUGUAAUCUAUGUAUUAUGUAAUCCAUUACAUUCUACUUUUUAUAUUCGAAAACUUUGUUAA